CUGAGGCUGUGUGUGUUAGUAGUAUAGAGAUCAUGUCUUCUCUCCUCUCAGAGUGUUUGUAUGAGAUCAGUCAACAGGCUGCACCUCCCUGUAAGGAUUACCACCAACUCACAGUCACCCAGACACAGGUGGUUUUCAAGGUGUGGAGAGUGUCCUGUCCUCUACGACACGAGAAACCACAACCUGCAGAAAACAAGAAAUCACACACAGACUUCCUACAGGAUAGCCACGCACAAGGUCACAUAGGGCGAGUGUUUGGUCCACACACUCUGGACUAUGUGGUGAACCUGUGCUGGCAUCGCUAUGACUACCUGGUCCGGCUCCCUGAUUGGCUGCUCCUGAACAUCCUGUCCUUCCUGGAGUGGGCGGAUAUUAAGAAUAUCUCCCAGACCUGCAAGAGGCUCCAACAGCUAUGCUGCAGUGAGGGGUUUUGGGCGCAGGGGACAGCUGGGGCCAGGUACGGGAAGAGUGAGGUCACUAUGGAGGGUGUGAGCCCUACUCUACAGCGCCGUCUGGUGGUGUUUCACAGAAGACAGGUGCUCUCCGGUCUGGCCCAGCAGCAGCACAGCAAGAGGAAGAACAGUGUCUGGCACCUGUGAAAGAGUUAGCCUGGUCACGCAGCGCUCUCGUUUCGUUUUACUUCAACAGAAUGUCAGCUAUCGCACGAUCAGGCAGAUUUCACCAGAAUACAUGUGAGAGGGACAGAGGAGCAAAGUCUGUCUGUCUGUCUGUCUGUGUGUGUGUCUCUCAAACACUUUCAAGAUAUUUUAUUAUCAUCUAUUACAUUUCCAUGACCUGGAAAAUAGUUAUGUUAGGCACAUAUGGCAGAGUUAGUUUACAUAUGUAGUGCAGCUGCCUGUCAGUGUUUUGAAUGGCCAGCAGGUGGUGAUAUUAAGCAGAAAUCAGAGCGCCUCAUAAAUUUGAUUCACUAAUAGGUGUAGCCUGCUGUAGAACAUGUGUGCUCAACUAGGGGAAGAGGUAUUGCUACUCCAAAACCUUUUAAUGGUUAUAAUGAUACAUCCCUAAUGUUGUUUGUGUUUUUGGUCUCAAAUGAUAGAAGAAAGAACAUACGGCACGAUCACCUAUACAUUGUGUCUGUGAUGAAUCAAACAUAUAGACAGUAGUUCAUCAAUAGAAGGACCAUCUUGUAUUCUCCAAUGUACUGCAGACAGUCUGGAAGUCCUAAUCCAAUGCAUGAUUGAAUUGAAUAUACUGGCCGCACAUCUGAGUGCUCUAGUCUUCUCUACCCAGAGGUUAAAGACUAUAGGACUGUAGAGGCUUUCUGCUUGGGCUUUAUCAUGUUAGAGACCCCCCUCUGGUGUGUAGACUCAGCUGUAAUAAAAUUACAUUCUCUGAGUGAU